AUGGCGGUGGAUUCAGCGUUCUCGGCGCCAAACGCGCUGGGGUCUCUCAAUUCCUUUGUAGAGGCGCUAGUUGCAGUCCUCCUCCCACUCAUCCUCACAUACGCUCUCACCACCUUCAACGCCAACUGGAUCCGCAAUGUCCGCGGCAAAGGUAACCCCCCACCGGUGCCCUAUGCCUUGCCGGUUUUGGGCAACACCUUCCAGUUUGCCUACGACACUGAGGGGUUCAUCACGAAAACAAUCAAACGGUUCGGCCGUGCCCCUUUUCGGCUCUUCGUCGGGCUCGAGACGAUGUACUACAUCCCGCACGGGGCCGCGGUGCAAGCCAUGUUCAAACACGCGCGCGACUUGUCGAUGAAGCCCAUCAUCGUUGUGGCUAUGCGCGACCAAUUCGGCAUGUCAGCACGGGAUUUGGCCGUGUUUGAGCGCGACCACUCUGGCGAUGAGGCGCGGCCGUUGGAAGGGUUUGAGGACGUGGAUCCGGCCCAUCGUGUGUUGUAUCAGCAACAUCGGGAUCUGCAUUUGAUGCUGAAUGGCGCCGCGCUGGAGGGCAUGAUGGGGCGGUUCGUGGGGAAUUACACGGCGUACUUGCGGGACACGGAGAUAGUGGGUCAGGGAGAGGAGUGGGUUGAGCUGCCGGACUUUUACGGUUUCCUGCGCGAUGCCAUGUUCCAAGCAUCCUGCAAGGGCUUGCUCGGAGAGCGCGUGUUUGAGGUAGCGCCGGAACUUGCGCGUGAGUUUUGGGCCUUCGAUCAGAAUCUUCUGACCUACUUCCGCCGCACGCCGCGGUGGUUGGCCCCUAGUGCGUAUGUCACGCGCGACCGGGCUCUGGCCGCGCUCAAGAAGUGGGUAAUUCACGCACGGGAGAAGCUCGACUACCGAGACCCGUCGCUGGCGGGCGUUGAGUACGAGCCCAUUUGGGGGUCCCGUCUGAUGCGUAUGCGGGCCGAGAUGUUUGACAACGCCGGCUUCUCGCUAGACGGCGCUGUCUGCCAGGAUCUAGGUUUUCUGUGGGCGUCCAACGCCAAUGUCAUCCCUGCGACGCUGUGGGGGAUGCUGAACGUACUCGUCUCGGAGAACCUCACCGCGCGGGUCACAGCCGAACUGGCCGAGUGCUUCGACGAGUCCACCGACAAGUUUGACGUCGCUGCGCUAUGCGCUAAGCCCCUCCUAACCGGCGUCUACCUCGAGUCGCUACGCCACUGCGCGGCCGUCACCUCCGCUCGCAAUCCUGUGACCGACAACUUCCAGCUGGCCGGGUGGUCCAUGCCGCGCAACUCGUUGAUGCUCUCGAUCGUGUGGUUCGGCGCCCACGACCCGGACUUCUGGAACCAGGGCCGCCUUCGCCCCGAUGGGAAACCCGAACACCCCGUCGACACCUACUGGGCCGAACGCUUCCUCGAGUACCCCAACGACCCGGCCAGCGGACCUGUCAAGAAACCGGACGCCUCCAUCUACACUACACCCGCGAAGAACGCUGACAAGCCUAAGACCGCCGAAGACGACAAAACGGCCAAACCCAUCUCCAGCACGGCCGCUCUGCAGGGCUACUUCUACCCCUACGGCGGCGGUACUCGCAUCUGUCCUGGGCGCCACUUGGCCAAGCAGGAGAUGCUGGUGGCCUUGGCGGGGAUGAUGAAGGCAUUUGAGAUCGAGAUUCUCGAUCCGGUGGCCGCGCGCCAUGUGAAGCCGGAUAUGCGCGCGUUUCCAACUGGAGCGAUGGGGCCGGACCGGAAGGUGGCUGUGAGAAUUCGGAGGAGGAGGGGGUGGUAG